AUGGUGUCUUGUUGGGUAUCUAAGAAGAAAAAAGAAACAGAUCCGGACUAUCACGAAAGUUUAGCUCAUACUGUCAAAGAUAUUAUUUUAGGUUCUGAUCAUGUUUCUCAUGCUAAACGACGCAAACGUGCUGUUAAAGCACUGCAAAAUGAUGUCACCGCACUGGGAAUGAUCACGUAUCUGAAGGCGAUGCCAGAUCCUUCUUUACCCAGCGUUGAAGUUACUGUUAUUGAAGAAGACAAUUCGCCUCCCCCACUCCCACCUCGAAAAGACAAGUCAAAAGAAUCCUCAAUUAAGACCAAAGAGAAAGUUGUUGUUGGUGGUAGUACCGGCGUUAGCACUUCAUUGUUCAAACCACCUCUAGAUCAAAUUUCUGCCUAUGCAUUUUGGUGGGGUUAUGAAAUAUAUAUUCCCCAACAAUGUAUGGGGCGUUUGGAUCAAGCUCAAAAUGUAAGUAACGCAUUUGUAGGAUUUUUACAAGUAAUAGCUGGCAAUGCAUCCGCAAUAUCUCCAUACUUUGGGUUUAUUUCUGCUUGGGUUGGUUUGCAAUUUACCGUUAUAAAAGCGCAAAAUGCUGGUCAUGGCGUUGUCCUCGCAGCAACUUGGUAA